AUGGAAUAUACCGGUGGUAGUUUUAAAGCAAAUCAUCUCUGCGUGCUCGUUCAUGGGCUAUGGGGAAACCCGGACCACAUGAGAUCGGUCGCGAAAGCGCUGAGAGACGCCUAUUCCGAAGAGAAACUCUACCUCCUGGUCGCUAAGCGGAAUACUGGUAGCUUCACUUACGAUGGCAUCGAACUCGGCGGGGAGCGCGUGUGCCUCGAGAUCGAAGAGGAACUGGAAAAGAUAAAGAGUAACGGUGGUAAAAUAACCAAGAUCAGCAUUGUUGGAUAUUCCUUAGGAGGUCUUGUUUCCCGUUAUGCCGUUGGACUACUCGAGAUGAGGGGCUUGUUUAACGGGAUCGAGCCGAUGAACUUUGUAACAUUCGCUUCGCCGCAUCUCGGUGUCCGCUCUCCUCUAAAAGGGUGGGCCAACCAAGUUUGGAACGUCCUGGGCGCACGUAUGCUGUGCAUGUCUGGGAGACAGUUGUUCAUAAUUGACAAGUUCCGCGAUACUGGCCGACCGUUACUUGAGGUGCUUGCCGACCCGGAGUCCAUCUUCAUAUCCGGUUUAAGGAAAUUCAAGCGACGAACGCUCUAUGCCAAUAUCACUAACGAUCGAAGCGCAGUCUAUUACACUACAUGCAUAGCUAAGACAGACCCUUAUACAGACCUUAGUAAAGUUAAGGCCAACUUCGUUGAGGGCUAUGACAGCGUCAUUCUAGACCCUUUAAAUCCGGUCACGCCCUUGGUUUCUCAUGGUGAUGAUAAACCGAUGGCCGACAUUAUUGCAGGGGCUCCAAGGGAUCUACGGUUGACCAUAUUUCUAGCUACGGUAAUUGCUAUUCUCCCUCUUGGUAUUGUUGCGUUAGUGGCCAACUCGAUCAUACAAACUUUCCGCAGUGCGAAGCGUAUCAGGCUCCAUGAAUCGGGACUUGCAGGCAUCCAGGUUACGAACUACCGAAGUCCCAUCUGGAUAAAGGACAUCCGCGGUACAGUAGAAGAUAUAUAUGAAAGUCUGAACAACUCACAGAGAGAGUCGUACCUACGAGCAUCAGACGGCGAGCAACAUUCCAAGCAACUCAACAAGGCCGAGGCGGGGAUCAUAGCUAUGGAACGAAAGAAAUCACACCCCCAGUUUCCAACCCUGGCUCUAGCGCCUUCUCAGUUCGUGAUGAUCAAUGAGCUGGACAAGGUCGGUUGGCGCAAAUAUCCCGUGUGGAUUCAUCAUGAUAAUCACAGCCAUGCUGCUAUAAUUGUGCGAUCCGACACCCCACGGUUUAAAGACGGUCUUGUUGUACUUCGACACUGGAUCACUGAGGAAUUCCUAAUCUAA